GAUCAACAAAAAUAAAAGCAAUGGAGUUGCAUGUGUUCAGCAGGGAGGCGAAGGAUCACGUUCCUCGAUGUGGAACGCGAUAGUUGACUGUCGGCUCCCUCUCGCAGCUUCAGAACCUGACCUCACGUGCUUAUCUUACGUUCAACAACUGCCUCGCACAGAAAACGGGCAGGGUCUGUGAUUUCGGAGGAGAGACCGGUGGAGGCGGGAGUCGGAGGAAGCGUGCAAGGGUGGGGGGAUACAGUCACCCUCGCUGAUUCUUUUCCUGUGCAUCAGCCCUCUCUCUUUCCUUCUUUUGCUUAGCCAUCCUAGUCCUCCUCUUCUGCUUCAUGGUUUCCUGUCUUGAUCGUUCUCGUAAUUGGCUUAGACAUGCAUGCAUGCAUCAUCGAGAAUGAUCUGAUGUUGUGCUUUUCCGGGGAAUAUCCGAUGAAGCCUUGAGACUCACGAUUUACGAGGAGGAAAUGAUGAUUCGAAAAUAGAUGUUUAUUUCUCUUUUUGGUUUGCAGGUUUCUUAACUAUUACAACUCGAUGAAUAAGCAUGCAAUUUCAUCUUUUGAUGAACUUUAUGUUCUGUAGAACAAUGGUUUAAAUCCGAAAAAAGUUUCUUUUCUGCAAGGACAUGUGAAAAUUUUAUGGUAUUUUGGAUGUUCUUAAUCGUGCGAUUUUAGUCCUGAUAUUGUCCGGCAGUUGAUGAGUUGUACAUUUUAGUUUUUGAUGGAUUUGUUUGGGGGGAGCAUAUCAUGCAUUUGUGAAGUUUCUAAUGCCACAAAAUCUGCUAAAACUGUGAGAAUUUAUAUGGUCUAAUUUGAAGAGUAAAAGAAAACACAAUGAACAUGACUUGACACUAUCGCCUGGCAACCGAUGAUCCUCUCUAAGAAACAAAAGUCGACCUUGAUGAACUAAGUACUCUGUGCUUGAUUCAGAAGAAGAAGAAGAAGAACUAAAUAAGAAGAGGCUAAAAAGAGUCGAUUGUUUCAGCAGAGUUGCAGAAUCACAAAUGCAUCUUCUUUGCAGAGUCGUAGGAAAGCAGAUGAUAUGGGUCUUCUGAAACUUUUUGUUACAGCAUCUGUGCCGGUUCUGAAUGUGCUUCUGGUGACUGGUGUUGGGUCAUUUCUUGCAACAGGUCAAGUUGGCAUUUUAUGUCAUGAAGCAAGGAAACAUCUGAACAAUGUUGUGUUUUACGUGUUUAAUCCAGCUCUUGUAUCAACCAACUUAUCUAGGACAAUUACAAUGGAAAGCUUGGUCUUAUUGUGGUUUAUGCCAAUCAACAUACUUCUGACUUUCAUCAUUGGUUUGGCAUUCGGAUGGGUUGUAAUCCAAAUAACAAAUGCUCCAUCCCAUUUAAAGGGACUAGUUCUGGGAUGCUGUGCUGCUGGCAAUUUAGGAAAUAUGCUUCUCAUCAUUGUCCCUGCCAUUUGUAAAGAACGAGGUAGCCCAUUUGGAGCUUCAGAUGUUUGUACUACUUAUGGGUUAGCAUAUGCUUCUCUUUCAAUGGCUAUAGGUGCUAUCUUUCUGUGGUCUUUUGUAUACAAUAUAGUGAGGAUAUCUUCAGGUGCUACAGAGGGCAAAGCUACUUCAUAUAGCGACACACAGGAGCAACAGAUUAUACAAGAAACUGAGAAGUUGGUCCCUCAAAGCUGUUUAGAUAGGACGCUUCCAAUAGAACACACAUACUUACCUGGAGAUGAAUGUGUUUUGACUAUGUCUGCCUCCGAGAUACCUCAGAAUGAAUUGAAGUUUCAGGUGUCAUUCUCGGAUAAAGCAAGGCAGCUGCUGUCAAAUAUUUUGAAAAUUAUUGACUUAAAAAAGCUUUUUGCGCCAUCAACUAUUGGUGUGAUCAUUGGAUUUAUAAUUGGAGUAGUUCCUCAGAUUAGGAAAGCAGUCAUUGGUGAGACUGCUCCUCUUCGAGUGAUUCAAGACUCGGCUGAUUUGUUGGGCGAAGGCGCGAUUCCAACUUUGACCUUAAUAAUGGGAGGAAAUCUCAUUAAAGGUUUACGAGGUUCAGGCAUUCGAUUUUCGCUCAUUCUUGGAGUCGUAAUAGUUCGUUAUAUCAUGUUGCCACUAGUAGGCAUAUUAGUAGUCAAAGGGGCAAUUAACUUGGGUCUGCUGCAUCAAGACCCUUUAUAUCACUUCAUUCUUCUCCUGCAAUAUGCACUUCCACCAGCAAUGAACAUAGGCACUAUAACUCAAUUGUUUGGGGCUGGUGAAAGUGAAUGCUCGGUUAUUUUUCUCUGGACAUAUUCCCUGGCUUCAGUUUCACUCACCUUGUGGUCAACUUAUUUCAUGUGGCUUGUGUCCACCGACUGAUCCUAAGAUUUAUCAGCAAACAAGCAAGCAAGAAGUAUGCUUCCAAAUGUGCCCUGCAUCUUGUUGCUAAAGUUUCUUUGAUCUGAAAUGGAAUUCAAUGUACAAAGAGAGACAGAAGAAAGGUCUAGUUUUACUUCAUCAUGUUUUGUUGUUGCUGCUACUGCUAAUGGAGAAACUGGUUGUAGUUGGCUUUUUAUGCUUUCCGUCUAUAAUUGACCUUAGUGUUGUUUUAUGUAAUUUAUGUUACAUUUCUCCAUGACGAUAUAAAUUUUUUGUUUA